GUAACUACGACUGCGCACUGAGGUAGUUUCUGCAUGGUUGUUGCAGUGGGUUUUAGAAGCAGUGUCUAUCAUAUUUAGGCAACCGGCUUUGUAGUAAGAGUAUUUACAACAUAUCAGUAUGCCUGGACUCAGCUGUAGAUUUUAUCAACACAAAUUUCCAGAGGUGGAGGAUGUUGUGAUGGUGAAUGUACGCUCCAUUGCAGAAAUGGGUGCCUAUGUCAGCCUUCUAGAAUACAACAAUAUCGAGGGCAUGAUCCUACUAAGUGAGCUCUCCAGGAGGCGUAUUAGAUCCAUCAACAAGCUUAUUCGUAUUGGUAGGAAUGAAUGUGUUGUGGUGAUCAGAGUUGACAAAGAGAAAGGUUAUAUUGAUUUGUCUAAACGAAGAGUAUCACCAGAAGAGGCAAUCAAAUGUGAAGAUAAAUACACAAAAUCCAAGACCGUCUACAGCAUACUUCGUCAUGUUGCAGAAGUACUGGAAUAUACAAAAGAUGAACAGUUGGAGAGCUUAUAUCAAAGGACAGCCUGGGUGUUUGAUGAGAAGUACAAGAGGCCAGGUUAUGGAGCAUAUGAUGCCUUCAAACAUGCUGUCUCGUUUAAUGCCAUUCAUAAUGUUCAUUUUUCUCUUGCAGACAUAGAGGUAGCAUGCUAUGGCUAUGAAGGUAUUGAUGCAGUAAAAGAAGCUUUAAGAGCUGGUCUUAAUUGUUCCACAGAAAAUAUGCCUAUCAAGAUCAAUUUAAUUGCCCCACCUCGUUAUGUAAUGACAACCACAACACUGGAGAGAACUGAAGGCCUUUCUAUCCUAAACCAAGCCAUGGCAGUAAUCAAGGAGAGGAUAGAGGAGAAGAGGGGUGUCUUCAAUGUGCAGAUGGAGCCCAAGGUUGUGACAGACACGGAUGAGACAGAACUAGCAAGACAGCUGGAACGACUAGAGAGAGAAAAUGCAGAAGUUGAUGGAGAUGAUGAUGCUGAAGAGAUGGAAGCCAGAACAGAAGAUUAGCUGGCCAUUUAAGCCGAAGAGAAGAGUUUUAGAGACCAUAAAUGAAGGUUCUCCAAAUCAGAGCUGCACCAUAGACUGAAAAUCCUCAGUGUUGAUUUCCAAACCUACAGUGCUUUAUUUUUGUGUAUUUAUAGAUCCUAAAAUGUUGCUCAAAAAUGUUAAUAUGCCGAUCAUUUCCAUGAUGUGGUGGCGUUGCAACCUUUAUUUUUUUUAAAGGAGUUGCUCUCUCGAUCAAGUUUUGGAUUUAGGUUGCACUGGGGCUGACUGCUGUCAUUUACAGAUAUAAACUGUUUGCACUGCUUAAGCAGUUUUAAAUGGAAUGCAUUUUAAUGUGGUUUUUCAGAAACCACUAAGCAAACCUCCUGGAAAGAAAAAAAUAUUUGUACAAGGACUGCAGCUGAAACUAAAUCUCAAAUAAAAAAGAAAGGAGGACCAGCUGCUUCUAUUUACUGUUUUCUCACUUUAGGUAAAUAAGUGGGCAGAAGAGGAAAGCAAGAAAGUGAAGUUCAGCACAUGCACUCACACUCGCACAGGUGGCUUAUACUGGGCUAUAAUUAUUUGUAUGUUUUGCAUUCCAUAAGGAAUGUUUGCUAUUGGGAAUGUCCUUUCUGCCAGAAAGAAAGUGGUGUACAGUUUAUCCUUAUAUUAUGAAUCUGCUCUUCCUUUUUGUUCCAUAUUUCCACUCUUCAUCAAAGCCUUGUAGUUAUAAAGUAAAAGGUAGCAGUAAAACAUUGAUUUUUAGCUUUGCACCAAUAGACAUUUUUGAAAAACUUUUUAUAUCUGUAAUUGACUGUGCACUUUUGAAAAGAUGUCCUGGCUGAAUAUUUCAUUUGUAAAAUUGGGAUCUGUGUACAUUUUUUUUAAUUCUGGAACAGAGACAGAUUCUGCCUCCAUUCUUCACUUGGGCCAUUGCCCACAUCAUUGUCUCUGACUCUGCUAUGCAGGAUACGUAAGAAUAAACAUUUUCUGCUGACUUCUGAA